CAGUCAGCGCUGGGCACGGUUUGUUUUGUGUUUGUAUACGCGAACAGCUAACGAACGGUGAAACCCUGGGUCGUAUAAUUUACAAUUUAAUUAAUUCAAUUAUCAUUUUGCUUGAAAUCAAUAGUUCAUAUUGUAAGGGGACGGAAAUUUUCCAUCGUCAGGUCAUUCACGCUAAGUUGGCGUCGAAUAUAAUAAAUUAUAAUUAAUUGAAUUUUUCCUACAAAAUGGAGGCGCGUUGCAGGCUGUGCUUCGAGCAGCAUCAAGAGAUGGAACGAAUAUUUCCAGAUAACGAGGACGAAGAUGACAUCGAUUGUGAAUCUCAGGUGGCAAUAAAAAUAUUCAAAUGUACCUCACUCCAGUUGCCAGUAGAUACUGAUGAUUUGACCUCGCAGGUUUGCAAGGAGUGUAUAACAAAAUUAGAUGAGUUUUUUCAGUUUCGAGUGAAUUGUCGAAAAAACAAUUUACUUUACAGCAAACAAAAGGCAUUGGUAGUGCAAAGCAAUACACUCUUAAGUAAUAAGCAAGAAACUGAAAGCGAUCAGGUCAUCCUCGAAAAUUUAGAUGAAACCUUACUGCGAGCCCUCGAAGGUAAAGAUGUUGACCCGUCUAGUUUCGACCAUUCAUUCGGCAGUGAAGUGAAUCCUGAAGAUUUGCUUAAAAUUAGUCUUAGUCAGCAUGAAGACCAGCUAAUAGCAUCUGAGGAAGUUGUCAGUUCAAGUUCUGCACGAUGUAAAGGCUGUGGGGAUGAAUUUUUGUCCUCGUUGGAACUUACUCAACAUCUGGAAUAUUGCCCUUCUCGUUUGAAGAGCGAAGCAUUUGAUUUGCAUUUAGCAAAUAUGGUUGGCAUGACGGAGUUCAACUGUUACAUAUGUAACAAAAGCUUUGCCAACGCACAGGAGCUCAAAUAUCAUGAAUCGCAGCAUUCCAACAGUACGAUGAGGUGUAACUUCUGUUUUCAAACUUUCGCAUGUCCGCGAACCUUCAAGCUUCACAUGGAUCAUCACAAAAUGAAGAGUACACUACCCGACGGUCGCUUCAAGUGUGAUCUGUGUGACGCUACAUUUAAACUUUAUGGGAAUUUCAUAAUCCACCGACGCAGUCAUACCGGAGAACGCCCAUAUCCAUGCAACAUAUGCGGCAGAGCAUUUUCCACAUCUAGCAAUAUGAAAACCCACAUGAAUGUGGUGCACUCUCAGGACAGACCGUACAAGUGCCAACAAUGUCACAAAAGUUUUAACUCUGAAACUCGAUUGCGCUCUCACCUGGAAACACACUCGCAUCCUGUUGGUAUUGUAGUUCCGGAUGGGGGUAACAGUGAAUUGUCUAGCACAUGCAAAAUCUGCAACAAAACCUUCAGUCAUCCAUCGUAUUUAACUAUUCACUAUCGGGUGCACACCGGCGAACGUCCAUAUCCGUGCAAAUUUUGUAACAGCGCAUUUGCAACAAGUGGAAAUUUGAAGGUUCACAUGAGGAUUCAUGCCAAUCAAAAGGUGCGACCGUACAAGUGUAAUCUGUGUACUAAGUCUUUCCUGCAUGCAAGUAAUUUGUCGGUCCACAAGAAAACUCAACACUACUAGAUACCAGUAGGGACUAGAAUUUGUUAACUUGUGUUUGUUGCAAUAGCUACCUACCGUUCUAUAGUGAUCUGUUUUAGAUGCGUUGCCGUGACUUUUAAUUUUUCGUUAUUAUUUUAUUUAUUAAAUAUAUUAGAGACAACAAACUCAAAUCUGGGCUGCUUUUAUCAUUGAGAUUCCGAGAAAAGGGCUUUUUCAGAAAAUUUUUCAUUGAUUUUUGUGUGUGAGUGGAGAACAGUAUGCCUAGUUAUGUACGGUAUGCAAACUAGGCUCGAUGGACUACGAUAGAUGUUGCUUCAAGCUGUUCUUAACUCCUAUUUGACAGUUUUCUUGCCGUCACCCGCGUUAUGGCUUGGUAAGGGCAUACUGGUGUCGAAGAGGCUCAAUAAAGGUUCUUUGACUUAUUUGUGAUGGUCACAUCAUUAUCGUUUCUCCAUUAGAAUCGGCAGACAGCCUAUGUUGAUUAUGAGAUUAGGGAGCAUGUGCAAUUCAAUGUCUUUUUCACUUCAGAUGGUUGGUAUUCGUGACAGUAAAGCUCCUUGCACGUCGCAUAUAACAGUUCAGAAAGAAAUAGCGAUUUUGAUUCUAUGAGGUGAUCGACUGGCAGCGUCGAAACACUGAAAGAGUUGAAAAGCGGUAAGCUGCAACCAGCGUGAACUUUAAAAGAGUAAUUGAAACCUGUAAGUAACAUCUGUAUGGGCCGGUGUUCGGCCUGUGGCCUUCGACUGCCAUAGUCCAUUCUCAUUGGUUAGGAUGUUUUCAUGGCUGGUUAGUCUACAUGUAAGUAGGAAACGAGUAGAUUGAUCAGUUCGCUUUAGCAGGGCACAUGUGGAUCCUGCUAGUUGUCGAUUUCUUUUACCAUGACCUUGCAUGAAAAAAGUUGGAUGUUUCGUGUUCCCCUUGUCAGUAACUGACACCAACUUGCUACCAGUUAGACGCUGUAUCCAAACUAACACCAAAUACGCGCCAGUUAGACAUUAAAUCCAAACAGUGCACACAUCCAACACGGUAGCUUUGGGUUCCUUUAGGAAAAAAAUAUGCGAAAUAUAAAAAUUGCGCACUUGGCUCUCAUGUCAAAACGCUGGUCGUUUCCCUAUAGGGGAAUUGUGGGUAAAAUGAACAGGGGGUAAAAUGAACAGGUAGCCUAAUCAAGUCACUGUUAGUUAAAUUUAGAACAAACUUCACAGUAACGUGACCUGCCAAGUAUUCCAAGGAUAUUGAAAUCAUUUCUUUUGUUAAAAAGCUGUCGAAUGUGAAAUAAAUAUGAUGAAAACCAAAAUCGUCAUUCAUGCUUAUCGCUGAUAUUGAAUUCGGCAUGUAGAAUAUAAGGUCUUUUGUGGCGAAAUUUUGAUUUUAUUAUAAAAAUGGUGUUACAUGAUAGUAUUUGAACCUCUUGCAGAUAUUUCACAGCAAUAAGUAGAGAUCAGAACAAAUUGGCUCAAUCGGAACGGCUGUUUGAAAAUAAAAUGUCUUAGGGGGUAAAAUGAACAGGUUGUAGUGGGGGUAAUAUGAACCAUCUUGCUGCUCCAAGUACCAAGCCUCAAAAUUUAUCGCUAAAUUCAAGUUACUAUAUCUUCACUGUUCUCCAACAGAUGCUUUAAUCCUUAAUACCUAUGGAUAACCCCAAGUUUGUAGAUGUGUUUCGAUGUCACAGAAUUGUAAAUUGGUUAGUAUUACAAGAAAAUUUAAUUUUUUCGUGACAAGUUUUUUUUUUGCCUACAAAAUGCCCUGUGUGUAUGCAAUGCUCAUGAGCCGCUGGGACAUCAGCAUUGCUCGGAAAAUGCUUUUCAGUGCCAAGCAUUGCAUGCAUACAGAACAUUUUGCAGGUGACUAGAAGGUGUUCAUUUUACCACCAGCACAUGUUCAUUUUACCCACACGCUAUAAACAUAUCUCUUUUUUGGACAUGUUUUGAAAUCAAGAAUAAUGUUUGAAAACUUGUGUUUAUGUCGAAGUUUUUUCACCAAAUAUGUUCAAAACAUGUCUAACAAGAAACAUAUAAGGUGAUUGUAGUAUCUUAAUCACUUAUUAGUUAGAAAAUAAUGACUUUCCUUAAUAUGUUCAUUUUACCACCAGUUCCCCUACUCGUCAGUGAAACAGAGCUACUGUGCUUGGUUCACUCGGUACCAGCUAGUUGCUUUAGGCAUUAACACAACUUGUGUGAACUGUUUGUAUGUAGUGUCCAGCUGGCGCCAAUUUGGUGUUAGUUUGGAUACAUCGUCUAACUGACAUAAAGUUGGUGUCAGGUGCUAACGAGUGGAACACGAAAUAAUAAUAUCUAAAUUUUCAAAGCUAUGUCUUGUCCCCUUAUGCACAAAUUAUCUAAUUGUGGAAAGAUAUCCACAGCUGACAGAAGUCAAAAGAUAAAAAUAUUAUCGGUACUGCCUAAGACUUGGUCAGUGAAUAAAAUCGUAGGAGAACUCAACGCCGUACAUGGUGAGACAGGUACAAAGGAACUUGUUAGGGCGCGCAAUAAAAGUGUCAUUACUAAGUAAUGACAUUACUGGAAUUGUAUGGGAAUUCCAUCAUUACUCGCCUUACACGUUCAUUAAAAGUGACAUUACUGCUCAGUAAUGACAUUACUAACGUCUCGUGUACGGGCCCCUAUUGGGGAAUUUUAUGACGAUAAUGAUAUCAGCCGACCUAUGCCAUGGAUAAAUGAUUUUGUUUCCGAGGUUCGAAACGGCAGAAAAGAACAAUUUCAAAAACGCCUUUUAAUGAUGUCGCUCAUAUGAUUUUUGUAGAACUACAAAACUAUCAAUAUUGGUUUCACUGUAUUUACACAGUUGCGAUCAAAACAUUGCAUUCUGCUUGAUCGUACACAAUUGCUUGAAUACACAAUGUAUGUAUAUGUACAAUCCAUGAAAAUGUCAAUCUAAUUAUUAACAGUUUAAAGGGCCCCGUGCACGAGGCGUUAGUAAUGUCAUUACUGCGCAGUAAUGUCACUUUUAAUGAACGUGUAAGGCGAGUAAUGAUGGAAUUCCCAUACAAUUCCAGUAAUGACACUACUUAGUAAUGACACUUUAAUUGCGCGUGUAAGGGUCCCUUAAGAAUUGUGUCACAGGAAGAAAUAAUAGAAAAAAUGCCUUGUGAUAAAGCUACUGGAACAAGUGAUUGCUUUUUCCGUGCGUGUACAAAUUGUGCUUCCAAAAAUACAUUGAAAAGGAAUUCACAAUGCAAAUAGAAUCAAACGACAAAGAAGGAAUUGUUUUUUUUAUAAUAGCUGUAUACUACCCAAAAUCGCAAGUCAGUCCCAUGUCUAUAGGGAAUUCCACAGAACAUAGGACAAAUAUGCAAUUAUGGGUAGUAUACUGAUCGCUGUAAUUUGGAGGCCAUGAUUAAGGUUGGACAGAAAAUGGGCAAAAAUCGAAAGCGAAAAAAGCAGUUUUUUGCACACCGUGUGUUAGAUCUUCAUUAAAAUCAAUCAGCUUAUGUAGAAUGUCGUUAUCGUACUGCUGAUUGAUUUUUAUGAACAGAGAUGCCAGAUACUUUUUUCAAAUGUCUGCCAAAAUAAUUUUAAAAGUCUGGGAAGAACAAAAAAUGAAAGGAAAACUAUUCUUGACCAAAAAUGACUUAUUGAUGAUGUGUUAUAUUAAAUGAACAUAGUUCAUUUAUAGCGUAGAUAAAUAGAGAAAAACAGCUUAUGAAAGAAAACCCUAAAGCAGAUUUGAAACUAGUGUAAACAAAAGCCUUUAUUUUAAAAAAAUCUGUAAAUAUCUGCAACCAAACUGGAAAGUCUGUAAAUAUCUGCAACCAAACUAAAAAAUCUGCAAAUAUCUGCAUCAUCGAAAAAAUCUGCAGCGAAAAUUGAAAGUCUGCGAAUUUGCAGACAUGUCUGCAAAUCUGGCAUCUCUGUUUAUGAAGAUCUAACACACGGUGUGGAAAAAACUGCUUUUUUCGUUUUCAAUUUUUGCCCAUUCUCUGUUCAACCUUAAGCCUGUUGGUGAAUUUGCUCCGUACCUUGUUGAUAAAAUCGACAAACUUAUAACUCAUGACUUUAUAUGCGGAGAACAGUCAUCGCUUCUAAGGAAUAAAAAAGAUUCAUUAAAAGCAGACAAAAUUCUUGUGAUUUGUGAUUUUUCUGAAAAUUAUUUAUUUGUUAUUCAAAACGCUGCUCAAGGAUAUCAUUGGAAUAAUUCUUAAGCAACAAUACAUCCAUUUGAAGUUUACUAUAAGAAAGACAAUGAACUUGCAAAUGUUAGCUUUGUUAUCAUAUCAGAAGUAAUGACUUACGAUACAAUUACAGUUCAGUUGUUCAUCUCAAAAAUGAUAAAUUUUAUGAAACAAUUGACAAACUUUUCUAAAAUUUAUUUUAUGUCUGAUGAAGCAGCACAAUACAAAAGUAAGAAAAACUUCGCAAGCUUGUGUAGAUUUCAGUCAAAGUACGAAUUAAGCGCAAAAUGACAUUUUUUUGCAACACCCCAUGGAAUGAUGCUAUUGGUGGCACUCUCAAGCGAAUGGCAAAAAAAGCAAGCCUUACUCGCUACUAUGCAAAUACCAUUACCAUUAUAACUCCCAGAGAGUUAUACAACUGAGCAGUCGAACAAACAUAUCCACUGAACAGUACAACAAAUUUUCAGAAGUGCUCGAAGAACUGUAUAAUAACGCUAAAACAAUAUCUGACACUCACAGAUUUGUGCCUAUUCCUGGUGACAAAGUAGAGGCGAAAACGUUUUCUAAUUGAGAAG